AUGAACAAGCAUAUUGUUUAUAAUUUCGUAUUAAUAUUUAUAAUAAUCCAAUGUGUUGAAUCUCAAGACAACAAUCCUGAUCAACCUGCUGAUGAUGAAGAAGAUGAAGAUAACUUUGAUGUUUUAGAUCUAGAACAAAUCAUUCAGCAACGACUUAGUCGUUUUGAUGACCCUCAAUACCAACCACAAUAUCAACAAUUACAAGAAUCUCAAUAUCCAACCCAACCAGAGACUCAACCCCAACAUUAUGAUUAUUACCAACCUGAAUUACAAGGAUAUCAUUCAGAAUUAUCAUAUUAUCAACCCCAACAUCAGUAUUACCCAGGAUAUCAACCUGAAUCACAAGGAUAUCAACCUGAAUAUCAGUACUAUCAACCUCAACCAUAUGGUCAAUACCAACCAUACGAAAUCCAGAUUCAAACUCAAGAACCAAUACCAUAUUAUGUACCACCACAGCAACCAGGUCAAUAUUAUAUACCUCCAGUAACUCAACCUACUCAACAACCAAGUUAUCAAAAUUACUACCCUGGGUAUCCUCCACAUCAACCAUCCUAUCAACAUCAGCAUUACGAACCUCCAGUAACUCAACCUGCUCAACAACAACAGUAUUAUCAACCUAGUCAACCUACUCAGACUCAGCCUCAACUACCACAGCCACAGUAUGAGUAUUAUGAACCUAGUCAUCCUAGUCAUACUACUCAACCUCAGCAUCAAUAUUAUGAACCUCCACAAACAUACCAACCACAACAGUAUUAUCAACAUACCACGGCUCCACAAACAUCUCAACAACAACCAAUAUAUCAGUAUUAUGAACCACCAUCUACUCAACCACAGACUCAGCCACAACCACAACCACAAACACAAACAGAAGUAACUCAGCCUCCUCAAACUCAAACACAAACUGUGGAAGAUGAUGAUAAUUUUUAUGUCACAGAACAUGACCAAGUACAACAACCACAACCACAAAAGAAACCAACAAAAAGAAAGAAACCAAUAACAACUCAACAAAUUCAACCUCCAAGUGGAGAUGAAGAUGAGGAAGAUGAUGAUGAACAACCAAUUAAGCUAAAAAAGCCUAGGUAUAUUAAAAUAACUAAACAUAUCAAAUUCUAUAAAAGAAAUUAUCUGGGAAUGCUUGUACCAAUGUCUGGUGAAGAUUAUGUCGUAAAACAUAAUGAUCGAGAUAAAGCAAAAUAUGAUUUUAUUUCAAAUCUUGAGCAGAUAGAAUCUGAUGGUGAGAUUAUUUUUGAACAUUUAUACGGAACACCGUAUUUUUCAUCAUUAACUCACAGUAAAAGAACUAACAUUCAUAUACUGACAAAUGGUGAAGGAUUUAUAUUAAUUAAAAAAAUUAGAGGGGAAUGGAGAAGAACUGAUGCUCCGAUUCCAGACUAUGUAAAACUAUUCAAACAGGAUCUUGAAGGCAAUGAUGUUUUAUUGACCAAAUAUCAUUAUACUAUUACUUUUACCUCAAAUGGAUCCUUUAGAUAUUCAUUCCUCCCAGGUGUAGAAUGCCAUAAAAUAGUUGUUGACGGUCUAGUGGCAUGGGAGAAAACUGAAGAGGAUGAAGGUUUCCCUCUAGUUUUUUAUAUUACACCAAAAAUGAGUGUUAUGGUUAACUUUGAAAAUUAUUUCAAAGUGUUUGAAAGGAGAGGUAGCAAAUAUACUCGCUUGUUCACUAAGUCUAGUGCCGGAAGAUCUAAAUAUCACUAA